ACCACCACUGCAGUCGCAUCUGUUGUGCUCUCCAUCUCUUCGUCCUCUUUUACAGUACUGGAAGAGACUUUGACAACCAUGUUCAAGGCAUUCACCAGGACGAUUCCAGAGAUAUCGAUAUUUCACAAUCCUUCCUCGCCGGCGUCUACGAGCGCGCUCAAGUUGCUUCGCUCGGCGCUAUCGUCCCCAUACCCACCAUCGAAACCUUCGGCACCUCCGCUGAAGUAUAAUCUCGAGGUGGUCGAGAACAAACCUCCGACAUCCGACCAGCUUCGGACCAUCCUCUCAUAUCUCCCCUCAAAGGCGCCUUCCGGGCAGACACAGGCACCGUCUCCCGACGCGCUGCUGUCCGCACACCCCACGGUAGACAGCCGGCCAACGGAUGCCGAAGGUGUCGCCCAGCUGGCAUCGCAGAACCCUCACGCUCUGAAAUGGCCGAUUGUGGUGGACUGGAAUGGUGGAAAAGCCGCUGUGGGUGACGUCGAGGGUGUGAAGGCUAUCCUGGAAGAGCUGCGGAAGAAGCGAGAUGGGGACGCCUGAGCUUCAUCCGUGUGGCCUGAGGUCUGUAUGACUAGAGGAUACUGUAUUAUACCGCGUGUACGUCAUUCACUACUCUUGAACAUUCACAGCAUGUGCAGUGC